GUAGUACUGUCCAGAUGGAAGCGGGCGUGUGGUUCAUGCUGCUGGUCAUGACUGAUAUGGGCCAGUCCAUCCCCAAAGAUGACAUACUGGAGCAGAGCAAACUCCUGCUAGAGUCACGCGAGGACGCAGACAACAUGCUGGAGAGUCGAGGGGCCACUGAGGAGCAGAUGGAUCAUCUUCUGGAAGAUCGUCUUCUGGUGGAGAUGGUGCGCUCUUUACUCCACGGCUCCCAGAGAUACGAACGCAACCCUUCAGUGCUGCACCAGCCAAAGCGGUUUGGUUGGGGGACUCGGACUGGCUUGUCCACAGAGGAAAGGAUACAGUCUCGGGACUGGGAGACGGUUCCCGGACAGAUCUGGAGCAUGGCUGUGCCACAAAGAUUUGGCAAAAAAUAACACUACCCAUCAUAAAAACUCAGUGAGGUCUUUAGAGUCUUGUAAUUAUUAGAUCUGAAUUACCUAUAAGCAUGUCAUUCUCCCAUUCUUGUCUCACCUACUAAACCAAUCCAAGACAAGCGGUCACUCUUCUGUGCAUUUCAACAAACCCUUUUAUAUUGAUUAUAACACAGCAAAAAAUAUAUAUAUUUAUUUAUAUGUAGUACUCAUUUCAUACGUUUUGAAUGAGUGGGAGGAAAUAGUCAUGUAGGGGCAUUAUGUGAUUAUUCAUCCACUGUAAAUCAUAUGUGUUUUAUAUUGUAUUUUCUGGCUAUA